AGGGGGAAGCACGCCUAAGGCGGAGGUGUUUGCCCGAUUUUCCCACUCCUCUGCGGACAUCGAUCGGAGGAUGCAGCCCGGCUUUCCAGAGGCAUGAAACUCCCUUCUCUGGCAGCAUUUCCCCUCCACCGCACAACGCCUUUGCUGAAAGCGAAUUUUUCAGGAGUCCUGGAGAUUCCCACUUGAUCGCCGUCCAGAAAGACACUGUGUACUAUUGAACACUUGCUUCUAUAUAGAUCGGGUUGUGCAGAUAAUGAAAAAAAUGAGUAACAUCUAUGAAUCAGCAGCCAAUACUCUGGGAAUCUUUAGCAGCCCCUGCCUGACCAAGGUAGAAUUGAGAGUGGCAUGCAAAGGCAUAUCUGACAGAGAUGCCCUCUCUAAACCAGAUCCCUGUGUCAUACUGAAAAUGCAGUCUCAUGGACAAUGGUUUGAGGUUGACCGGACAGAAGUCAUAAGAACUUGCAUAAACCCUGUCUUCUCAAAGCUAUUCACAGUGGACUUUUAUUUUGAAGAAGUACAGAGGCUACGUUUUGAAGUCCAUGAUAUCAGCAACAAUCACAAUGGGCUGAAAGAAGCAGAUUUCCUUGGUGGCAUGGAAUGUACUCUGGGGCAGAUUGUUUCUCAGAGAAAACUCUCAAAAUCUUUAUUGAAGCAUGCCAACACAGCAGGGAAAUCUUCCAUAACGGUAAUCGCUGAAGAAUUAUCUGGCAAUGAUGACUAUGUUGAGCUUUCUUUUAGUGCAAGAAAAUUAGAUGACAAGGAUUUCUUCAGCAAAUCUGAUCCCUUUCUGGAAAUCUUCCGAAUGAAUGAUGAUGCAACCCAACAGCUUGUUCAUAGGACCGAGGUGGUGAUGAAUAACUUAAAUCCAGCUUGGAAGGCAUUUAAGGUGUCUGUAAAUUCCCUUUGCAGCGGUGACCAAGAUCGCAGACUGAAGUGUAUAGUCUGGGACUGGGAUUCCAAUGGCAAGCAUGACUUCAUUGGAGAAUUCAAUUCAACUUUCAAGGAAAUGCGUGGAGCAAUGGAAGGAAGACAGAUUCAAUGGGAGUGUAUAAACCCCAAGUAUAAAGUAAAGAAGAAGAAUUACAAAAAUUCUGGCAUCGUCAUUCUUAAUCUGUGCAAGAUUCACAAGAUGCAUUCAUUCUUAGAUUACAUAAUGGGUGGCUGCCAAAUACAGUUUACAGAAACAUAUACAGAAUAUAUGGAGAGAAACAAAUCCAGGGGAAAAACUGUUGUGGAGCGGCGAUCAACAAUCAUUGUCUAUCUUAAUUUCAGUGAUAAAAUGUUCCCAGUGUAUGGCUUUGGAGCCAGGAUACCUCCCGACUAUAAAGUAUCUCAUGAUUUUGCAAUCAACUUUAAUGAAGAUAAUCCAGAAUGUGCAGGGAUUCAAGGGGUUGUGGAAGCAUAUCAGAAUUGCCUCCCAAAACUUCAGCUUUAUGGACCAACCAACAUUGCUCCCAUCAUCCAAAAGGUGGCUAAAUCAGCAUCAGAAGAAACAAACACCAAGGAGGCAUCGCAAUAUUUUAUUUUGUUGAUUCUGACGGAUGGGGUCAUCACAGACAUGGCUGACACGCGUGAAGCCAUUGUACAUGCCUCUCACCUCCCCAUGUCGGUCAUCAUUGUUGGAGUCGGAAAUGCUGAUUUCAGUGACAUGCAGAUGCUUGAUGGGGACGAUGGCAUCCUGCGGUCUCCCAAGGGAGAACCAGUUCUACGAGACAUUGUUCAAUUUGUGCCAUUCAGAAACUUCAAACAUGCAUCCCCAGCUGCAUUAGCAAAAAGUGUUUUGGCUGAAGUUCCAAAUCAAGUGGUCGACUAUUAUAAUGGGAAAGCAAUUAAACCAAAAUGUAUGUCAGAAUAUGAGUCUUCCAGGACACUAGCUCCAUGAACUUUCCUACAUACUUGACAGAGUCCAGAUGAACUACUAUUUACAACUAUUGUACUUAAAAUGAAAAUAGCACGUUUUUGUGGUUUUUACUUAAAUUUCCACUCCCUUUCAUUUUUGCAUGUGUAGCCUAAAGGCUUACAAGUAAAGAUUAAGCUACUGUAUGUUGAAGACUUUUUAUGGAAAAAAACAAAAACAAAAUUAUUACUCUUUACAGCAUGUCAUCUUGAAAUGAAAAGUUAUCUGUAUCUGUUUUUUUAUACUGGUUUGUUGAAAAUUUGCUAAAUUUCUUAUUAUCUUUACACUGUAAAGCAUUUUGAAACAUUUCCUGGAAGUUGAUAGCCAAAAUAUAUUUGGGUUUAUCUGCUAUUAAAAUGAAAAGUUUUUUUCCAAGUGGCAGAUGCAUGGAUUAUAUUUGCAUGUUCCAAAAU